AUGUGCUCGUUGAAACAAAUGAAGCGAUCUUCCACGGCCAUGGAAGAUUGGAGAGAGGAAGCGAUCCGCCGCGGAUCCUUGAAACACGUGGAUCUCACCACCGGAUCCAACGGCUGGGCGGCGCCUCCUGGCGACAAUUUCUCCGUCCGAGGAGCUAAUUACCCUACCAAAAAGAGCAAAUCUCCCGCCGGCGAUUACCUCCUCGAUCCCGCCGGCGUCGACUGGAUCCGAUCCAACGGCAGGCUCGACCACCUCCUCGCGCGCCGCGACAACCGCGUGAUGAGCGCGAUCCGCCGCGGAUCGGGAUCGGAGCAAUCAGCGCCGUUCGUGAUCGCGGUGAAUCUCCAGAUCCCCGGCCGCGAGCAUCACUCCGUGGUUUUCUAUUUCUCGAGCAAGGAAGGGGAAGGGGAAGGGGAAUCGAUCGGAUCGAAUCCGCUGCUCUCCGAUUUCGUAAACGGAUCGGACGAGUAUCGCGACGGCCGAUUCAAAAUCGUGAAUAAGAUCGUGAAAGGACCGAGGAUUCUGAAGGCGGCGGUGGGGAGGUACUCGGCGUGCCUCCUCGGGAAGGCGGUGGGGUGCAGCUACCACCGCGGGGCGGAUUAUCUGGAGAUCGACGUCGACAUCGGCAGCUCCUCCGUCGCGGCGACGAUUCUGAAGCUGGCGCUGGGGUGCGUGAAGGCGGUGACGGUGGAUUUGGGGUUUUUGGUGGAGGGGAAGACGGAGGAGGAGCUGCCGGAGAAGCUGUUUGGUGCGGUGAGGAUUUGCCAGAUGGAGAUGAGCUCGGCGAUGUUCGUAGACGCCGCCGCCGUCAGUAAUAAGGUAUUUCCUGUCGAUUGUGAUGAAAGUUAGAGAUGUAUAUAUAGAAUUAAUUUUGGUGGUUUUGUUUUUGUUUUUGUUUUCCCCAAUUUUGAGGUGAUUAAGUUUCUUCAUAUUUCUUACUGAUGAUUUUUUGUUCCAUCUGCAAUGAUAAUUAGUGAAUCUUAAUAGUAGUAUAUUUUUGUCUCUGAA